UCGCUCAUCACCCUGCUGGCGCUUGUCCGCGUGUGCACGGGGCUGGGCGCGCUGAGCUCGGUCAGGGAGGUGCACGGCUUCGCGGUGCGGCACGGCAUGUUUGUGAGCUGCCAUCUCGGCAGCUCCCUCGUCGAGGCGUAUGGGCGGUGUGGCUCUUUGGUCGGCGCGCAGAGGGUUUUUGAACUGGCGGAGGAGCGCGACGUGGUUGUCUGGAGCUCCAUGGUGUCGGCGUACGCGUUCCAUGGCCAUGGAGACGUUGCGGUGUCGCUUUUCAGGCGUAUGGAGCUGGAGAAGGUCCGGCCUGAUGGCAUCAUGUUCCUCGGCGUGUUGAAGGCCUGCGGCCAUGCUGGUCGCGCAGAUGACGCCUUGAAGUAUUUCGAUGUGUUAACCAAGACAUAUGGAGUGGAAGCAUGCGGAGAUCAUUAUUCGUGCUUGGUUGAUGUCUUGGGACGGGCAGGGAGGUUGCAUCAGGCCUAUGAUGUUAUACGGACGAUGCCGGUUAGAGUUACCGCAAAGGCCUGGGGUGCUCUCCUUGCUGCUUGCAGGAAGUAUGGGGAGGUGGGGCUGGCAGAAGUUGCAGCGAGAGCGUUGUUUGAGAUUGAACCAGAGAAUGCAGGGAACUUUAUUUCGCUUGCAAAUAUCUAUUCGGGCUUGGGUAUGCAUGAGGAGGCAGAGCGGGUGAGAAGGGACAUGGAGCAACAAGGCUUGCAGAGCUCACCUGGAAGCAGUUGGACGAUACACCGCAAGUCAAGUGAACUUGUCUGAAGAAGGAGGCUCACAUCUGGGAAAUUUCAUCACUCAGAACAAAAUUUAUUCGGAUACACAAUUUCUGUGUCCAUGAAAAUGUAAGCGGGAUAUGCCAAUAUCUCCUUUUUGGCCACUACCUUUAGUUAAUAGCAGCUGGAAAAUAUUUAAUUGUACCAGAGCCCUAACCCUACAUCUAUCAGAAUGUGCUGCAUUUGAACCUGAACUGAUUUUUAAAUGCAGCAGAAACUUUUCUGUGGCUUAAUGCUUAGCUGUAAAUCCUGCAUAAGCAUCAAAUUUUCUGCUGGGCAUGCUGGAAAGAAGCCUUAGAAGCCAUGUCAUUAUCAAAGUUCAAUCCUAGCACUGAUCUUAUUACCAUCUUAUUUACACAUUUUGUACUUCAGUUCUAUGUCUCAAUCUGACACUGCAUGAAUUUAUAUUCUUGAAAUAUAAUCAUAAAACUUUGUGCUAUCAGUAAAAAAAAACUUUUAUCGAUGUUAAACAGCACAGUUUCCUUCUCGCCAAAAAGCAUUUCCAUCAACAUACA